AUGGCGGUGGGCGCUGUGGCGGGCGGAACGGGGGGUGGACGGAGCGGGAAGGAGGGGGGCGGGGAGAAGGCGGCGAGCACGGCGCGGCUGCUGCGCACCGUGCUGAGCUGGGACUUCUUCCACAUGCUCGCCCUCUCCAAGGUGACAUCUCUCGCUCUCACGCUCGCGCUCUCCAAGGUGACAUCUCUCGCUCUCACGCUCGCGCUCUCCAAGGUGACAUCUCUCGCUCUCACGCUCGCGCUCUCCAAGGUGACAUCUCUCGCUCUCACGCUCGUGCUCUCCGAGGUAACACUUGUACUCUCCAUGCUACUUCCCCGACUCUCGUGCUACUCUCCAUGCUACUUCCCCGACUCUCGUGCUACUCUCCAUGCUACUUCCCCGACUCUCGUGCUACUCUCCAUGCUACUUCCCCGACUCUCGUGCUACUCUCCAUGCUACUUCCCCGACUCUCGUGCUACUCUCCAUGCUACUUCCCCGACUCUCGUGCUACUCUCCAUGCUACUUCCCCGACUCUCGUGCUACUUGUCCUCAACCCGCUUACCUGUCCUCCCUCACCCCGUUCCUCUCCCAUCGUGCCUCUUGCUUCCUACUUCUCACUCCCUCCUGCUCGUCCUCUCUCCCCACUGUCCCGCCUACUCCCCUCCCCACCGCCUGUUGCAUGUGGCACCGGGUGUGGGCGAGCAGGUGAGGGAGAGGAAGCGGCAGCCCAGAAAGCUCCCCCAACUCCCUGCUGCUGUCGCUGAUGCUGCUGCUGUGGAAGAAAGGGAGGGUGAUGGGGCUAAAGAUGCUGCUCUGGCUGAUGCAGAGGCAGGCGGGGAGGCAGCAGCGGCGGAGGGGAUGGAGGUGGAGGGCGGAGAGGUAGGGGAGGGGGAGGCAGCAGCAGAAGGAGCAGCAGAGGCAGUGGCAGAGGAAGCAGAGGUGGAGGCAGAAGGGGAGGGGGAGUUGGAGGGCGGGGAGGAGGACGAGCUACGGGAGGUGCCGGUGCAGUUCAGCAGCGCGGAGGAGUAUGUGGACGUGUUCGAACGACUGCUGCUGGAGGAGUGCCGCGCGCAGAUCCUCCGAGGGGCCGAGGAGCAAGGCGGCAUGGAGAGUCAUCUGGUGGUGGCGGUGCGGUGUGAGCGAGCCAAUGAGUUCCACAUGGUGGGGGUGGCGUCCAAGGAGGCCCUCGUGGCGGACUGUCACGACAACGACCUGCUGCUGCUCUCCAAGGAAAAGCCAUGGGGAGGCAGCGCACUACCCAGCACAUACGCCAUCGCCAGUGUGGAGUCCCGCGAGACCAAAACGUCUCUGCGCCUGCGACUGUGCCUGGAGGACCCGUGGCAGUGGGCGGACCCAGGAGGACCACCCACCACCGCAGCAGCCACAGACUUGGAGCAGGCCGGAGAAACAGAGGCAGGGGGGAAGGGAGCAGAAGCAGGGCCGGCCGAGGGGAAGGGGAGAGGGAAGGGGAGGAGGUGGGGGGUGCGGCAGCGGGCGAGAGCCAAUCGGAUGCUUUCCUUCCUCAUGGGGGCGGCGGCAGGAGGGGGCAGUGCGUGUUGGGUGAGCAAGCUGUGCAACACGUCCACCAUCUCGCGGGAAUACGCCGCUCUGCGCUCCGCCCCCUCGCUGCCCUACAUCCGCACCGUGCUCGCCUCCCACAUGCCCGGCCCGGGGCACACUCAAGCAGCCGCAGCAGCGGGAGGAGCAGGAGGAGCGGGAGGGGAGGAAGAGGAGGAGGGAGGGGGGGGCGCGGGACCGGGGAAGCAGCAGCAGUGGCGGGUGCCGGAGGGGUUGAUGGAGCAUCUAUCUGCGAGCCACAACGAGUCGCAGCUGAGGGCCAUCAAGGGCGGGCUGUCCCGCCGCCCCCUGGUGCUCAUCCAGGGGCCCCCUGGCACCGGCAAGACGCAGGCCAUACUGGGGCUGCUCAGUGUGGUGCUGCAUGGCCGCCCGGCGCACGAGAUGGGGGAUGCCGGCAACGGCGCGCAGCACAUCACGCACAUGACGCGGCUGACAUGGCAGCAGCGGCAGCAGCAGUGGGUGCGAGCGUCCCCCUGGCUGCACGGGGUGAACCCGCGAGAAGCUGUACAGCCAGAUGAUGAGGAGGAGGGUGGUGCAGGGAGCUCGGGAGGCGGUGUCUUUGGCAGCACACAGCAGGUGGGGCUGGCUGGCCGGCCAUGGGAUGCAGCAGGUGGGGGUGGCUGGCCGGUCAUGGGAUGCAGCAGGUGGGGCUGGGCGGCGCAUGGCAUGCGGCUGAGAGGCAAUGAGAGCAGACCUUCUCCACCCUCUCUCUCCCUCCACCAGGUGGAGGUGUUGGGGGGCCAUCGCAAGCAGAGGGCGCACGUGCUCGUGUGUGCGCCCUCCAACGCUGCUCUCGAUGAGAUUGUGCUGCGCCUGCUGCACACAGGCCUGAGGGACGACAGUGGAGGCAUGUAUUCACCGUCGGUGGUGCGCGUGGGGCUCAACGCUCAUCACUCCGUCGCCUCUGUCGCCAUGGAUAACCUGGUAUCUCAGCGAGCCAGCAGCAUGGCACGGUCAGCAGCGGGGGUGGGAGCCAAGACAGCAGGGGCAGGCGGGGUGGAGCGAGACAGAAUACGAGUCGCCAUUCUCGACGAGGCUGCCAUUGUGUGUUCAACGCUCGCGUUCGCAGGGUCAGGUGUCUUCUCGCGCAUGUCACGGCCAUUCGACGUGGUGGUCAUUGACGAGGCGGCUCAAGCGGUGGAGCCAUCAACGCUCAUCCCAAUGACUCACGGGUGCUCGCAGGUGUUCAUGGUGGGGGACCCGCUGCAGCUGCCAGCCACUGUGCUCUCCACACGCGCCGUGCACUACGGGUACCAUGGCAGCAUGUUCUCUCGCCUGCAGCAAGCGGGGUACCCUGUGGUCAUGCUCAACACACAGUACCGCAUGCACCCCAUGGUAGUGCCAGGUGUCAACGGCUCAUCUCGGAUUGUGCUGCCCCGCAGAAAGCCGGCACUUCCCCUCGAACGAGUUGUACGGCGGCGCACUGAGGGACGCGCCGCGGAUGGCGCAGCACAGUGCAAUGCCCGUCUCCCUUCUGCUGCUCACAACCACCCACAACCCCUCUCCACCGUGCCGCCCCACCAGAUCCGGCACUUCCCCUCGCACGAGUUCUAUGGCGGCGCAUUGAGGGACGCGCCGCAGAUGGCGCAGAACACGGCGCGGCCGUGGCACGCUGAGCGCGUGUUCGGGCCGUUGUUCUUCUUCGACCUGCACCAGUCCAAGGACGAGCAGCCGCGUGCGUGGCUGGUACUUGGGGAUCUAGGGAGAAGCCAGAAGGGGGAGUGGUUAGUGGGAGAGGGAAGGAGAGGGUACGGGGAGAGGGUCGGGGUAGGCAGGGAGAGAGCGGGUGGAUCGUGGAUGAACGCGGACGAGGCGGAGUUUGUGAUGGUGCUGUGCUGCCACCUCGUGCUUGUUCUCACGCCACGCGCCCCUUCCUCUGCUUGCACCACAGCGGGCGGCUCGUGGAUGAACAAGGACGAGGCGGAGUUUGUGAUGGUGCUGUACCGCCACCUGGUGGCGCUAUACCCGCAACUCAAGGAGUCCUCUGACGUCGGUGUCAUCUCCCCGUACAAGCACCAGGUGAAGCUCCUGCGAGACAAGUUUCGAGAGCUGCUGGGCGAGGGGGCUCAUAGAGUGGAUGUCAACACCGUUGACGGAUUCCAGGGCCGAGAAAAGGACGUGAUCAUAUUCUCGUGUGUGCGGGCGGGGAGGGGCAAGGGCAAGAGCAUCGGGUUUCUGUCAGACUAUCGGCGCAUGAAUGUCGGCAUCACACGCGCCCGCUCCUCCAUGCUCGUGGUGGCGAAUGCAGCAGCGCUGAUGGUGGACGAGCAUUGGGGCAAUCUGGUCAAGCAUGCCCGCUCCACCAACCGAUACCUCAAGGUGUCACGCCCCUUCCACCGCAUCUUCGCCAGUGACCACCUGGAGAAGAUGAGAGCAGUGGCCCAUGCCGAGGGCGAGGGGGAGGGGGAGGGGGAGGGGGAGGGGGAGGGGGAGGGAGCGCCAGGAGCGGAAGCAGGAGGAGCACCAGCAGCAGCAACAGGGCCUGCUUUCAAGAAAGCUCCCACACUGGAGGAUUUCGGGGGAAAGCUGGACAAGGGGGAUGGGGGGUUGGGUGGGGAAGGGGAUGGGGUGGGGGAGGGAGAAGGGGAGGAGGAGGGGGGGGAGGGGAUUGGGGAGGAGGAGGAGUUUGAGGUGGCGGUCGAGGCGGGGGACUUUGAUGAGGACAACAUCGACGGCGAGGGGUCAUCGACUCAAAAUCAGUUUGAGGUGGCGGUGGAGGCGGGGGACUUCGAUGAGGACAACAUUGAUGGGAAGGGGUCAGUGCACUUCUCUCUCCCCCUGCUGUACCUCCUGCCCCUUGCCUUGCUUCCUGCCUAUUUUGUCUAUUGCAUCUGA